UCGUCCAUCUAGUCUGGCUCGUCGCGCCGCCAACUGUGUCCGAGAUAGGAAAGGCUUUCUUGGGAAAAAGAAAAAAAAAUCAUUUGCCCAAAUAUCGUGGAAGUGAAACAAGAAAUCGGACGACAUGAAGGAACUCCCGGGUUUUCGCUUUUUCGGCGGGUUCUCGCAAAGAAAUCCAUCCUCAGCGGGUGUUCGCCGUGUUUCCCGAGUGUGUUUCUCCUAACAACAGGUAGCAAAAAGCGUUUUCCAGCCAGCGUAGCUCAGGAGGACGCGCAGACCUCCUCCUCCUCCCCGCCCUGUGGGCUUCUGACAGUUUCGCUUCUGUUUCGGCAAGACGAAGAAGGCUUUACGAAAAACCGACAUCCUUUCUCCCAGAAACAUGGACGGCGUACGUUUUCGCACUUCGGGGGUUUUCUGGGAAUCCGUGACAGAUCGUAACCCAUAAACGGACAUGAAGAAGGAGGACGGCGUGGAUUAGGUCUAUUUCCUGAACGCCGCGGAUGGACGCAGCACCGCUCGGUUUUGGCAUCCCGCUUCCCCUCGAUGUGGGCUCUACAGGACUUCUUCUCCCUGUGGUUUGAAAUGAAAUAAUGGCGACACGUUGGACUGAUCCGCCGCAGGACAACGAGGAGAGCCAACACGGAGCCGUAUCUCCAUCUUGCGAGGGCAAGCAGAAGGAUGGGCGUGAUCAGAGUGAGGCAUCGGCCGCAGCCUCUCCCGGGGGAGAGGAGGAGCCGUUUUCCUGGCCGGGGCCCAAGACGCUCCGCCUGCGCCGCACUUCCCAGGGCUUCGGCUUCACGCUGCGCCACUUCAUCGUCUACCCUCCCGAGUCGGCCGUCCACUCCUCCCUCAAGGAUGAAGACAACGGCAAUCGAGGGAGACAGCGAAACCGCCUGGAGCCAAUGGACACCAUCUUCGUCAAGCAAGUGAAGGAGGGAGGCCCCGCCCACGGAGCUGGACUCUGCACAGGGGACCGGAUAGUGAAAGUGAAUGGAGAAAGCAUCAUUGGGAAGACCUAUUCCCAGGUCAUAGCCUUGAUUCAGAACAGUGACGCGUCUCUGGAGCUCUGUGUGAUGCCAAAGGAUGAAGACAUUUUACAGUUGGCCUAUUCCCAAGAUGCAUACCUCAAAGGAAAUGAGGCAUACAGCGGAAAUGCCCGGAACAUCCCAGAGCCCCCUCCCAUAUGCUACCCACGGAUAGAGGCUAAAGCUGUGGGCAUGGCCCAGGCUUCAGAGCCCGCCCCGGCCAGUGAGCCCCACCAAGGUUCAGCUCAGAGCAGACGUGGGGGUGCCAUAGACAUGGGGUACCGUGUGGAGAUCCCGGUCCCCCCCUCUCCCCCACCCCAGCAGGCUUCAAAGACCCAGACAGCUGUGUGUGUGUGUAAUGAGAGUGUGAGAACAGUGGUGGUGUCCCCUGACCCAGUGGACAGGGGGUCCCGUGCGGCUUGGGCUGGACCCAGCCAUAGGACAGAAGAAAAGCGGUACGUUCCCUCAGCUGACCCAGGCUCAGCCAGACCCAGACCCCUCAUACCCUCAGUACCUCCAGGCGGGGCACAGCUGCAGUACACGCCAUCUCGUCCUGCAGAACCGCCAGUCUACUCACCUGCCUCCAGCUCCAGACCUGACCAGAUCUGCUCUGACACCUUAUCCCCAUCCGUACGUGCCCCCCUGACUCCCAUAUCGCCUGACACCUUCUCCCCUGCUGCCUCGCCCAACAACAACCACUACUCUCCCUCCCCCACAGCCCCCUCCACUUCCCCUCACCAGAACAUUGACUGGCGGACCUACACCACCUACAAGGAUUACAUUGACGCCAAGCGGCUGCACAACUAUGGCUGCCGCACAAUCCAGGAGCGGCUGGAUAGCCUGCGGGCUGCUGCCAACGGCAACUCUGCCUACUCACAGCAAGUCGCAGUCUCUCCCCCUAGCGUUAGUCAAAGAGGAUUGGGCUCCCAGGUCAGACGGAGGAGCAGUUCCCAUGACCGAGGGGUAGUUUUGGGUUGCCAGAGCCCCCCAGUGGCAACACCCUUGCGCAGUGCCUCGCAGGAAAGGCUGGGCUGCGCAGCAGAGAGGACGGUACCAAACAGGAAUUGGCCUCGGAGUGCUUCCCAGGACACAUUGCCCUCCACAGCCCCCACGGGGGUUGCCAAACCCCGGGCACGGUCCUGUGACUACUUGGGACGGCAGCCGGGUGAACCAGGGGGCCUUGUUUCUGGGGACAGGGCAGCCUACAACCGGUCUGAGAUGGAGGACAGGUUGCUACUGUGCCGAGGAGAAGAGGCCAGAGCCAGCAGGCUGGGAUCAGGCAUCAGAGCUCUGCCCCAACCUCACAGGACUCUGGCUGAGCAGGAGGCAGAAGGGCGAGGGGUUGGAUAUUCUCACUCACCCCCUGCUGCCCCACUCUUUACUAAAGGUACGCCUGAUUUUCUUUUAUCUUCCAGGACAGACAGUCUCAUUUGUAGGCCAUCACGACUGCCUGUCAAAAAUUCAAACUCAGACCCAUUACCUGCCUCAUCUUCCUCUAACACCACAGACCAACUCAAAGACCAAAGAGCUGUCAUCAUGGGCAACCAUCUUGGCUUCUCCUCACCCUUGCAGCACCUGCAGCUCAGAGGGCGGGCGGAUAGCCUGAAGAUGGAAAUUAGGCAGGAGUCGGGACUGGCAGUCAGGUCCUCUUCCUGUUCUGGUGCCUCCUCCAAACUCCCUGUUCAGAGACAAAGCAGCACAGGCUCCUCUCCUUUAAGCGCCUCUACCGCUAAUGGAGCUGUGAACCUUAGGCCCAAGGCCAAAGACAACUCCACAGCCAGUCCUGCCAGUGCCCCUGUACGGACCGAUGGUGGGCUGAUGGAGGGUCUGGAGGGUCCUGACGCCACAGUAGUGGUUCUAAGGAGGGACAAAAACUCCGGACCCCCUCCUAUUCGCCACCCAUCCUACAUACAGGCUGUAAAUGAUGACAAAAGACCCCAGGCUCACUCCAAGUCACCAUUGUUGGUAAAGACGGGCUCUUCAGAGGGUGGAGUGUGUCGACUGUCUAAUGACACUCACCGGGAUGUUUACACAAGGAGGCUGGGAGACACACGCCAAGCCUCUGGCUCCAACAAUUUGGAUGAUUCUCUGGACUCCAUCCCUUUUAUAGAUGAACCGUCCAGUCCCAGCAUCGACCACGACAGCACACACAUUCUUGCCUCUGCUGUGAUAUCUGGAACGCCAGUAAUCACCACCAUCCCACCUAGCCCCACCUCACCUUCCCCUCUCAUUCGACGCCAGCUGUCACAUGACCAAGAUUCUCUUCGCCUCACAAUUACUGAGUCAGAUUCUGGUGCCAAAUCUGAGAGGUCCAAGUCCUUCGACGAGGGUCUGGAUAACUACAGAGAAGAAGGAAGAGGGAGGUCCUUGAUACCUGGGCUAAAGGGUCUGAAGAAGGCUGUGGACAGAUCAUCAGAGGAUUCCGGGUCCAGGAGAGAUUCCUCCUCGGACAUCUUCUCUGAUGCCACCAAGGAGGGCUUGCUGCACUUCAGACAGCUAAGCACUGACAAGACCAAGCGUGUCGGAGGUGGUAUGCGUCCAUGGAAACAGAUGUAUGCGGUGCUAAGAGGCCAUUCCCUCUACCUGUACAAGGACAAAAAGGAAGGACAGGCCCACGCCAAUUGUCAAGUGGUGGAUGAGCCCUUACCAAUCAGCAUCAAGGCCUGCCUGAUUGACAUCUCCUACAGCGAUACAAAGCGUAAGAACGUGCUGCGGCUGACCACCUCAGACUGCGAGUACCUGUUCCAGGCUGAAGACAGAGAAGAUAUGCUGGCCUGGAUUAGGGUCAUACAAGAGAACAGCAACCUAGAUGAGGAGAAUGCAGCCUUCACCAGCCGCGACCUCAUCAGCCGGAAGAUCAAGGAGUACAACACAUUGAUGAGUCCGACAGGCAGCAAGUCGGAACCGUCGCCCAAAUCGUCACGCCAGUCUCUGAGCAUCAGACAGACGCUGCUAGGAGGGAAGGGAGAAACCAAAGCGCAGAGUCCACACUCGCCCAAAGCCGAGCAGGAAAGGAAAAACAUGCACAAAGAUGACACCAGCCCACCCAAGGACAAAGGUACGUGGAGGAAGGGAAUCCCAGGACUGAUGAGGAAGCCGUUUGAAAAGAAGCCGUCUCCAGGGGUUACAUUCGGUGUGAGACUGGAUGACUGUCCCCCUGCACAGACAAACAGGUUUGUUCCCCUGAUUGUGGAGGUGUGCUGCAAGCUGGUGGAGGAGAGAGGGUUGGAGUACACGGGCAUCUACAGGGUCCCAGGGAACAAUGCCGCAAUUUCCAACAUGCAGGAGGAGCUCAACAACAAGGGCUUGAGUGAUAUUGAUAUCCAGGACGAUAAAUGGAGGGACCUCAACGUGAUCAGCAGUUUGCUGAAGUCGUUUUUCCGCAAGCUUCCAGAGCCUCUGUUUACCAACGAUAAAUAUGGAGACUUCAUUGAGGCCAACAGAAUAGAGGACCCAGUGGAACGACUCAAAGUGCUCAAGAGGCUGCUUCACGAGUUGCCAGAUCAUCAUUACGAAACCCUCAAGUUCCUCUCAGCUCAUCUGAAAGCUGUUGCUGACAACUCAGAGAAGAACAAGAUGGAACCAAGGAAUCUGGCUAUUGUGUUUGGUCCCACCUUGGUGCGUACCUCGGAGGACAACAUGACACACAUGGUGACUCACAUGCCAGACCAGUACAAGAUAGUGGAGACACUGAUUCAAAAUUAUGACUGGUUUUUCACUGAAGAUGGCAAUGGCGAGCCAGUGACUGUGUCCCAGGAGGAGAGCACCGUGGAGUCUCAGCCUGUUCCCAACAUCGACCACCUGCUCACCAACAUUGGCCGAACAGGCACCUCACAGGGGGAAGUAUCAGAUUCACCGACUAGUGAUUCAGCUAAAUCUAAGGGUUCCUGGGGCUCAGGGAAGGACCAAUGCAGCCGAGAGCUCCUGGUCUCCUCAAUCUUUGCUGCGGCCAGCCGCAAACGAAAGAAGUCAAAGGAGAAGCCACUGCCUAGCAGCUCAGAUGAUGACCUAGACGCAGUGUUCCCUAAGAAGGAGCUCCCAAGUCAGAAGCUGAACCACAGUGGCCACCAGACCGAGGCUCAAAAAGAGGUCCGAUCAAGGCCAGACACAAAAGAACAAGUUCGGGCAGGGGCAAGGAAAGAGAACAGUGUGGAGACAACUCCUAAAACUAAGAAAGAGCACAGGAAUUCCCUCUUCUUGAAGGAGAAGACUCCAUCCAGGCAGCCCUCUCCGGCGCCCUCCCCAUCCCCAAAACCCUCAGGCUCUCCCCGCCUCAGCUACCAAAUACGUCCGCUUGGAAAGUCCUCCCUUUCAGACCCUCCCUCCCAGCUGGAAGAGAACACUUCAGACCUUGGAACCAUGAGCUCUGGGGCAUCUGUGCUGAGGUCACAACCCAAAAAGCGGAGCUUGGGAGGAGCCCCUGACUUGCCUACUGCUGGAGCGGGGAUGGGGGCGGGGACGUCAGCUGGUGCCGAGGUGAGCUCUAUAACCUCAGACUACUCCACCACAUCUUCCAUUACCUUCCUGACUGGAGCAGAAUCGAGUGCGCUCAGUCCGGAGCUACAGGGGGGGGAGGAAGCGGAUGAUGAACGCAGUGAGCUCAUCAGCGAGGGCCGGCCAAUGGAGACGGACAGUGAAAGUGACUUCCCAGUGUUCGCCCCAGGGGGUGGCAGCAGCCAGUCCACACCAUGCCCAGAGCAGAGGCCGGCUAAGGAUGCAGUUCAGGAAAGAACAGAACCAACUGCUGGGGCACUAGAGGGUAGUGUUACCCCAAAACUGGAGGGACGACGCCUCUUCCCCUCGCACAAGUUGAUCGAAUGUGACACGCUGUCCAGGAGGCGGUCCCUACGACAGAAAACAGACAGCGAAUCAUCUGUGGAGGGCGUUGCCAGCAGCGGGGAACGUGUUGAGGGCAGGGCUGAGUCUUCCACGCGACUAUCUCGUGUUUUGGAGGUGAUGAAGAAGGGGCGAUCCACCGGCAGCCUCAGCUCUUCCUCCCGCAGCGAGUCGGAACGGCCUGAACCGGCUUGGCGCCUCAAGAUCACCGAGCGGCUCAAGUUCAGGUUGAGGACGUCUGCGGACGACAUGUUCGGGGUGGGCGCCCAGAAGAACCAUAGCCCAGACUCCCGCAACAAGAAGAAGAACAUCCGCAGGAGGCACACCAUGGGUGGCCAGAGAGACUUCGCAGAACUGGCAGUUAUCAACGACUGGAAGGAACAGGGCGGUGUGGACCAGGCGGCAGAACUGUCAGCCAUGGACCGCCUCAAGCCUAAAUGCUCCUCUCAGGAUUUCUCCAUCCGGGACUGGAUUGCCAGGGAGCGUUGCCGGGGUGGAAGCUCUGAGUUCAGCAUGGAAGUUGCACCCAAAGCGGUCCCUGAGGAUGACCCACCAGAAGCCAAGGAACCGUCUCCUCGGAGACCAUCUCCCACCAUCUCUCCCAGCCCACAGCCCAUGGUGGGGGAACAAGUCAACGGAAGUGGCCUGCAAGGCAAAAAUAAGGCCAACCUAGUGACAGAUGCACACCCGCACAAACUUUCUGGAGCCCAAGUCGUCCGCUCGCGGUUCUAUCAGUAUCUGUGAAUCAACAAAGGUGUGUGUGUGUCUGCGUUUGUGUACAUGUUUUCUUGUGAGAGAAGAGAGAACGCCUGGGUGAAUGUACGUAUGUUGCUUUUUCAACUAAGGUUACGGCACAAUAUGUUUUUUUACAAAGUAUAUAUCUAUAUAUACUGUAUGUACUGUAUCUAUUGUACAUAAUGUGUAUAGGCUCAUAUGAAUUGUUACUGGAGUAAAAAUGAAGAGGUGUGUUUGUGUGUGUGUGUGUGCUAGCAUGCGACCCCAUCGGCUUGAUGGCUGUACUGGAGCAGACGUGGAAAAAAUGUUAACUUGAGACAUCACCUCCCAAUAAUUCAAGAAUGUGAUCAUGCUGUUGGUAUGUGGUGUGAUGCCACAAACUCUGCUUGGGUAGAAUCGGUGUAUGGAACAGCAUACUGAAACCUACGAAAACCUAGAAGGGUCAGCUUGACAUUACUGAAGCAUCUCUCUCUUACUCUGCAGGAGGAAGACGUCUUUUCUGUAAGGAAUCGUGGUUCAAUUCUCCCUAUUAUGAAUGGUAUGAAGAAUGUAUUACUCAUGCUCAUGUUGACUAACACUAGUUGCUUGUGACAGAAAGGUCAUGUUAAAAACCAUAUGUACGAGUUUUUUGUUUUUCCUGUAUGUGAAAUCUGUUGAAAUUAUUGAGGGCUGCUUUCUGAGCUGUGUACUAUAGGAAGUCAUUUUUUAUAGUACAAUUUCAACAGCCAGAUAAUAGUCUGUGGGAAUUGAGAAUCCUAAUAGUUUUUAUCAAAUACAAAAUGAGAAAACUUUGUAAUGAAGUAUUGAAACAAUAGUAUGUAAUGCUUGGUACAGUAGUUUUGAUUUUCACACUUUGUCCAGUUAUAGUCCGAAAAGAACUUUUUUUUUUUUUUUUUAAACUUGUGUGAAUGAUUUUUGUUUCCUGAAAGUUAAAGUGCCUCUUUUUGAAUUGAUCAUCAUAAAUAGAUUAGGGUGCCAUUCCCUUGCUUUUACCAACAACUGUCACAACAAGACUGAGUUUUUAAAACAUUUUAAGGAACACAAACUCUUAAAAGCAUUCCAGAGGGAUUUUCCUUGUUUUUAAUCUCAUCGGUUCAUUUUUUUGGGAGUCCUAUCAUUUACUUGAGUUUCUCUCACAGAGAAAUUUGAAAAAUUGAGGUUAUAUUUCAAUGUUUAUAUUUUUUUAUUUUUAAUCAGAUUCCGCUGUCCCCUUUGUAUUUUAAAAGUGCAGUAAAAUGCAUGGACGCGUAUAACCUUGGAGUAAGAAGAAAAAAAACUCUGGAAGUGCAUGAGACAGUGUUUUUCAUCUCACCUGUGUACAGCAUAAAUGGGUGCAAUGGCCUCCCUCAAGAAACACUGGAAAUAAAUAAUCUUUAUU